CCUGGGGCUGCCAAUUGGUUAGGACCGGCCCUGGUGGCUCCAUUAUUAAGGUUCAGAUUUGCAAGGAUUCUUUCUCUCAUGUAUGAGCAUGUACUUUAUUUUUCUUCCAAAUUACAGCACUUGUGGAGCAUAGGAUGAAUUUGUAAAUCAAUUAAUUAGUUGGAAAUAAAUUAAGAUAGUUAGGGAACAUUUAAACUUCAGCACAUAACCUCCUUAUAGAUAAUUCCAUGUAGAAUUCCCUGAUUUCAUCAUCCAUUAUUCUCAGUGACAUUGAGAUGACAAAUUACCAUUAGCAAAGAUGACCACUGCCUCCAUCUGUCUGCUUUUUGCAGUGCUUCUCUCUACCUCCUGACAACCCAGGAGGGCUAUCCUCUUCCCUGGCAUCUUGACUUUACUCCUAUUGGAAACAAUGGGAGAUAAUGAUAAUUUUGAAAAGGGCAACACUUUGGUGAAGUGGAUGAUGUAUUGGAUAGUGUUUGCCUUCUUCACCACAGCAGAAACAUUGACAGAUAUUGUUCUAUCUUGGUUUCCAUUUUAUUUUGAGUUGAAAAUUGCAUUUGUGAUCUGGCUGCUCUCUCCUUACACCAAGGGCUCCAGUGUCCUCUACAGAAAGUUUGUGCACCCAACACUCUCCAAUAAAGAAAAGGAGAUUGAUGAGUAUAUUACCCAGGCCUGUGACAAGAGCUAUGAAACCAUGAUGAGAGUCGGCAAGAAAGGUUUAAACUUAGCGGCCAAUGCAGCAGUUACUGCAGCUGCAAAGGGUCAGGGAGUUUUGUCUGAGAAGCUGCGGAGUUUCAGCAUGCAGGAUUUGACUCUGAUCCGGGAUGAAGAUACCAUGCAUCUACAGAGCCCCAAGGCACAGCUGCGCACCUCCACUAGUGGCCUCCUUGAAACCAUUGAGGAUUCAGCGGUUUCCUGUUACUCUUCAGGAGAAGAGGCCAGUUUAUCUCAAAGGUCAAAUGGGGCCCAUUCUGACUCUAGAACAGAACCUUCAGAUGAGGAUACAGGAGACAAAACACCAAAACGCACACAGAGCCUCAAAAUUCCCAAGAAAGUGACAAAAGCUGAGCCUCCAUUAAAGAGUGUGAAAGCUCGCCCUAAGAAGAAAGCUGCAGGCUCCAUUGCUGCUGGGGAGUCAGCCUAAGGACACCCCCACCUGUCUGUUCCAGGAUUUGCCUGUGACUUUGAAUGGACACUUUCCAAAGUAAAGGAGCGGAGAUACAUGUACAUAACUGCUACUGCUUUGUAGAGCUCAUUCCAAGGCAAGGGGGUGGCAGAGAUUCAGCACAUGGAGUUGAGGGUGCACAUCCUCAGGAAUUAUUUAGUCUUAAUCUGUCUGUUGGAGGGAAUGCUGAUCUAUCUGUACAUAGCCUUUUGCUUUGGGAUCCCCUUUCUGUAUAACCCUAAUAGGGAAACUGUGCUGGAAGAACUGAUGAUUCUUCUUCUUAACAUAUGCACAAUGUGCCUCAGGUGGCACAUGACCAGGAUUUGUCACCAAAUUUGGUCCAGCAGUUAAUUAGGAUUAGAGCCACCCCUGGCACAGAGGCUGGUAGAAAUGUUCAGGAUGGGCCAUAGAAGUUUCAUUUGGGGAAGAGAGCUCCUGAAAAUGUCUUAUGUCAGCCUGAACAUCCUCCUGCAGCUACUGAGCGCAAUUAUAGGUAGGAAGUUCCUGUAGAAAAGUGACUGAUUCUUCAUAGUUCAAACCCAUUUUUGGUGGGAAAGGGACUGAAGCAAUAUGUUGGCUGUGCUUCCCAGUUUCAUUCAUGAUUGACUUGUAGAAGGAGUGGGAUUGUGACUAGGUUCCAACAUAUGCUGCUGAUUGAUUCACAGGAGGUGAGGAUGAAUGGCUUUCUUUGUCUUUUCAGGGAGAAGGAAGAGCAUGGAGGGAACUGAGAUUCCACAGUGGCUAAAAGGACAUGAGUGCGUGUGUGUGUGUGCAUGUGUUGGGAUAUAUACAAGUAUCUGUGCUGGACUGCUUGGCACUCCUAGAGUUUGUGGUCCUGUCUCCAGAGCUGCUCAGAUUUCAUAGUCCAAUCAGUCUCCUGUGUUGAUAAUGUAAACAGUGUAUGUGUGGGGCAGUGCAGGGGCCAGUGAGCCUCUCCUGGCAGUAGGUUGGGUGGACUGUGAGGAUUUACAUUUACACUCAAUGGCUGAACUCCAUAAAAUCCCAAUGCUAGUUACUCUAGAACUAAUCUGACAAAUUCUUUCAUUCUAACAGAUGACAAUGGAAAACCUGGCUCAAUGCAGUCUGCAGACAUACUUGAGUAAGUGUGAGGUGGAACAAUCCAGAGGCCCUUCUAUCCCAACUCAGAAGGCUCCUGAAAAGAGCCAAUCCACAGGCCAUGAGCAUUUACAAAUAACUAAAGUAUGAAAACUUCAUUAUUCUUAUCCCAGGACUCCAUUCUUCAGUUGGGGGGAAAAUACAGAAUUGAUAUUGAUCAGUCCUUCUGCUGCUUCUCCAGCCCAUGAACAACUCUUCAUGUAUUUAACAAUGUGCCAAAUCCAUCAGCUUCCUGGAACCUGAGCAACAUGUAAGAUUCAAGCUAGAAAUAAAUGUGGAUAUGGAGUAUGUAAUGAGAGGGUUGGGCUUAAGUGGUACUCACAUAAAGAAAGACUUUGAAUAUCAAUAUGUCGAGAACAGCUGAAGGGAUCCCCCCUUCUUUGGGUAAAAACACAUUCUAACCUGUACCCUUCAGUAGAUCUUUCCUAAUGUCUUUUGAUGGGGAGGGAGGGCAGGGAUCCUGAAGAUUAGUAAGGCCCCUCCUAUCACUGUAGUCUCUUUUGACUAAUGUCUUGAAGGCGAAUAUUUGGUGGCCUAGGUUUUUCAGAGAUUAGCUGCCAGCAGUCUUUCUGCCUAUUAAAGACUAUUUUUUCCUGUAUUUUGGGAGUUUGGAUGACCGCUAAUUUCUAAAGCCUGCUUUCUUGCUUCUUAAACUGUGGCAGAGCUCUUAGCUGAAACUCCUAGUUGUUAUGGUGCUGGUGAGGUAUAGGAACACCUUUCUAGCUUUCUUCAAUUGCUUAUAACUUUGUCAAAACUGUUACCUUUUUGGGCUAAAAUUUUGCACAUUUGUUCUUGUUCUGGGCAUAAAUUUUAUGAAAAGCUAGUCCUUUUCAAGUGCAAAGAGUGAAGGGAUAAAACUUUGACCAUUUAAAACAAACAAGCAAGCACGUUGACCCAUUCUAAUGUCUUGGCAAGCUAUA